CCUUGUUUGCGACAGUAGCCACGCUAACUAGAGUAGUUUUCGGCUCGCGUGAGUAAGCCAAGUAUAUUAGCCGGGCUAGGUUGAACGGCGGAAGAUCCAGUUUGACAGUUUAAAGUUUAAGAAUAAAUGAAUGUAGGGGGUUGGAGUGGAUUAUAAUAAAACUGCUAAUAGACUUGGAUAGAUACUGACAGUGGUGUGGUCACGUGACACUGUGUCCUUUGAGUUCGGCUGUUUGAUUAGUUUACAUUUUUGUUGCUGUUGUUUUAUUAUUGUAAACAUUUUGUGCGUGUUAUAGUGUGCCCUUAACUGUUUGGCUGGGCGUCAUAACCUAUUUUUGCUGGUGCCGCAGUCGCGCGCCGCGCCAUGCCCCAGCCCAAGUUUCGGAAGAUUGCCGUUUUGGGCUACCGAUCAGUCGGUAAAUCUUCUCUGACCAUUCAGUUCGUGGAAGGACAGUUUGUCGAUUCCUAUGACCCCACUAUUGAAAACACGUUUAACAAAGUAAUAACGGUGGGUGGACAAGAAUUUAACCUGCAGCUUGUGGAUACAGCAGGACAGGAUGAAUACUCCAUUUUUCCUCAGUCGCACUCUAUGGACAUUCAUGGUUACGUUCUUGUUUAUUCUGUUACCUCAGUUAAAAGUUUUGAAGUGGUGCAGGUGAUUCAUGACAAAUUACUGGACAUGGUGGGGAAAGUGCAAGUUCCCACAGUUCUUGUCGGCAACAAAAAAGAUCUUCAUAUGGAAAGAGUUAUCAAACCUGAGGAAGGGAAGAAGCUGGCUGAUUCAUGGGGUGCCAUUUUCUUGGAAUCUUCUGCCAAAGAGAAUCAGACAACAGUUGAAAUUUUUAAAAGGAUAAUUUUGGAGAUCGAGAAAGCUGAUGGCAACCCUCCUCCUGAAGACAAGAAAUGUGUAGUGAUGUAGAAGUGAAUGACAGCUGCAUUCAGUCUGCCAUAAGACUAUAGAGAGACUUGUAGCAUGCAGAUUCCCCCAACCGUUGGCCCCAUUACAAGAAGUUGACUGCUGUAAAUCCCCUAUUCUCUUGUGCAGUUGUUCACAUGGGGCUAAAACGAAACUUGCAGAUCGGUAUGGGUGUGAAGAUUAGCAGUAGAGAUGCUGUCUGUUUCAGGGAGUCUUUGUUGUGACCCACCAUAAUAGUGGAGGUUGUGUCUCUAGACAUAUUUUUAAUCAAAUCUGUUUUUUUUUUCUCUGGACACUGUUGUCAGUGUACAUCUACCUGUAUGUGUGUACACACAGCAGAAUUAAUUGAAUUUGAGAUACUGUAUUAUAGAUGAAGAUUUGUAUUCCUAGAAUUUGAUGCUGGACAAAGUAAUUUUCUUGGCAUGUAGCGUGAGGCGUCAUGUUCCAGAAACAGAUUACCCCCACUACAAUUUCUGAUACCACAGCAUGUUAGUAUAAAUCUGCUCUUUGCAGGAGUGUUUUCCAUAGUCAAAUUUGGUUGAUUUGAGGUACCAAUUAGAACAUGGUUUAGUUUGUCUACUUCAUUAAAAGCAGUUUAUUUUUGCUGUGUAAAGCUAUUUCAAGAGUUACUGUUUUCAUGACUACUUGUAGCUUCUCUAUGAAAGGAUUUAACAGACUAUUUUGCUUGCAUUCUUUAUUGGCUAAGGAUUGGGUGAUGUUUUGAGGCUUACGAUUUGCAGAAUACUGUUUGGAUUCAAGGAUGAUCUUCUACCCAGCUUUUCAAAUUAGCCAUGUAGUCAUGAUGUGUACAGGCUUUUAAGUAUGUGGUUCAGGGUUUGAACUAUUUUUUUCUCAAAUCAGCCUAACUUACAGUGCUCCAUCCUCCCAAGUGUUACUCUGAUGAAGGCAACAGUGUUAAGAAAAUUCCUUAUUUUCAAGACUAGAGUUUACACUCAGAAAUGUAUUUAAGUGUCUGGCACUCUACGCUAUAGUACAGAGUAUAGAGAAGAAAAUGUUCAUUAAAAUAUUUUCAGAGUUGAACUUCCCAAACCACCCUUAACAAGCAGCUAGCUAUUUCCUUUUAUAAGACUGGUUACAAAACUUUAUGUUGGAAGAAAUCAUUUCCAGUAUUUUAGGUUAUCAGAAUGAAAACUGAGUAAGAGGAUAUAUUCAGCACAGUAUUAAUUUUUAAAAUUAUACAACAGUAUUUUAACCUAUAAAUUAGUAAAUUCUGGUGUGCUUUGUCGACUCUGUUACAUCUAGAAAGAUAGCUGUAUGUGAAUGAUAUCAUGGGAAUCUUUGCUUUAUUUAAACUAAACUUUACUAUGUUGGGGGGAAUUAUUUACAGAGAUGCGAUGCAAGUUGUUUUUUUCAGAAACUUGACACACCAUUGAUAUAAAUGGUGACAGUAAGAGAACCUAAAGCUGCUGUUUUCCAGAACAAAUGGCCUAAUUGGUUAGAUUGUUCUGGUACAUCACUCAGUUUGGUUACUGUGGAAUAUUUUACAACUGUGCUUUGAGUGGACUUUGAUUAAUAAACAUCUUUAAAUUUG